UUUUUGAGAUGUUACAAUUAUACUAUAGUAUUAUGCUGUUUUUGCAAGUGUAGCAUUGAGAUAUACAAGCACAAUAAAGAAGAGAGAAUAGCAAGGACUUGGGGCACCACAGCAGGUGGCCUUCCCUAUGCUGAGAAGGCUAUAAGUGGCGCCGGAAACUGGCUGAUCGGCGGUGACCUAGAGGUCGUAAAGCCGAUCAAGUACAACGACGGGCUGGACCGGUUCCGUCUCUCCCCUGCCCAGCUCCGCCACGAGUUUGAGAGGCGCGAUGCAGACGCGGUGUUUGCCUUCCAGCUGAGGAACCCGGUGCACAACGGCCACGCCCUGCUCAUGACCGACACACGUCGUCGCCUGCUUGACAUGGGAUACAAGAAUCCUGUUCUCUUGCUCCAUCCUUUGGGUGGCUACACUAAAGAGGAUGAUGUUCCACUCACUUGGCGCAUGAAGCAACAUGAAAAGGUUCUUGAAGAUGGAGUGCUGGAUCCGGAGACUACGGUGGUCUCGAUAUUCCCGUCUCCGAUGCACUACGCGGGGCCUACUGAGGUGCAGUGGCAUGCCAAGGCUCGGAUCAAUGCGGGUGCUAACUUCUACAUAGUCGGGCGUGACCCUGCCGGGAUGGUUCACCCUAUCGAGAAACGAGACCUCUACGAUGCUGAUCACGGGAAGAAGGUGGUGAGCAUGGCCCCGGGGCUGGAGCGCCUCAACAUACUUCCUUUCAAGGUGGCUGCCUAUGACAAGACACAGAGUAAGAUGGCCUUCUUUGAUCCAUCAAGGGCUCAAGACUUUGUGUUCAUAUCCGGGACUAAGAUGCGGAGCCUGGCUAAGAAUCGGGAGAGCCCUCCGGAGGGAUUCAUGUGCCCCGGUGGGUGGAAAGUGUUGGUGGAAUACUAUGAGAGUCUGGCUCCGGCCAGCAACGGCCGGGUGCCUCAACCACUUGCUGCUUGAUGUUGAUCAUCACUAUGUAUAAUAUGUUAUGUUUCUAAACUAUCUUCCUCAAUAAUCUCUAAUGUGUGAUGUAAUAUAUAAUGUGCCACUGCCACAGAUGUAAUAUAGUGUGCUAGUACUAAACAGUCAUUCCUCUUUGUAUAAUAAAUUCCCAUGGUUUGAUUUAUAUGCAAACUGAUAUGAUAUCAUAUGUAUCCCAUCACAUC